AUGCCUCCUAGAACCCAUCAAAGCACCCGUCAAGUCUAUCUUCUACCGCUCACCGACGCUGGAGCUCCGGAUGUCCCCAAUGAGUACAUUUACCUGCCUGCGCCGACCGAGCCUGCCUACUACCUAAGAUUUGCCAUUGAAGGGACCAGCUCAAUAUGCCGUCAAGGUAGCCUCUGGGUCAACUUCCCCUUGAAGGGCCAACCGUUCGACCGUAACCGGUACCACGAGUUCAAGCUGCGUCCGGAUUUCAAUCGGACCCUCGAAAUCGACAUUCCCAUCACUUCCGCUGGCGCAUUCUCGUUCUAUACUACCUACAGUCCUCUGCCUGAGUUUUCUACCGAACAUGUCGACCCUCCCAAGCCAACCCGUACUCCCACUUACUAUGUUGACAUUGAGCCAAAACUGCGACUUGGUGGCAGCUGCUUGCCGCUUGAUGCUCUGGGUAUCUUCUCAGUAGUGUCGAAAUUCAUGGGUCAUUACCCUGAGGACUGGAACAAGCACCUGAGGGGGAUUAGUGCAAGACGCUACAACAUGGUCCACUUUACACCACUGCAACAGCGAGGAGAGUCAAACUCCCCCUACAGCCUGUAUGAUCAACUGGCGUUUGACACGGAGCUGUUCCCGGGUGGUGAAAAGGAUCUCGCGCAGAUGGUCAAAUCCAUGGAAGAAGAACAUGAACUAUUGGGAUUGACUGAUGUUGUCUUUAACCAUACCGCAAACAACAGCAAGUGGCUUGAGGAACAUCCUGAAGCAGGCUACAAUGUCGAAACUGCCCCCUGGUUGGAAUGUGCCCUCGAUGUUGACAAUGCUCUCCUCGAGUAUAGUGAUAAGCUCGGGUCUCUCGGCCUCCCCACUGUUUUCAACAAUGGCAGCGAUCUGGAUGUGGUCGUCGCGGGUAUCAGGGAGCACGUUAUACACAAGAUCCGGCUCUGGGAGUAUUUUGUCUGCGAUGUCAAGUCAGACACUCAGGCGGUGCUCGAUGCAUGGAAGAAAGGCGCUGUCAAGUUACCUCCUGAGGGCUUCGAGGAUGCAAUUGGUGGUGGACUUGACUCCUUCAAAUCGUGGUCUCUCUCUCAGAAGGCGGCGUUCCUCCUUAACAAGGGUAUGUUAGACAGUCUGCGUGUUGAUGGUCAGCGGUCGCGUCUUCGCAUUGAUGGCCGAUAUUCACGCAAAGUCGAUCCCGGAGUCGGAGCUGCUAUUCUGACGACUGUAUUCGGCCACUACGAAGACGGAGCGGACACCCGGUCGGCAGAGGAAGAGGUGAAGGCGAUUAUCAAUGAACUCAACCUUCCCUUUUACAAAGAGUUUGACGCCGACUGCGCUUCAAUCCUGGACCAGACUAGAGGGAGACUGCAAUAUACGAGAAUGGACCCUAAUGGCCCAAGACUGGGCCCCAUCACCAAGGAAAACCCUCUCAUCGAGACUUAUUUCGCUCGGCUAUCGCAGAACAAGACCACCGCGAAACAUAACCCAAGGUCGCUAUCUCUGGCGGUCAAUGGAUGGAUAUGGGCUGCCGAUGCCAUGAAGGACAAUGCGGGUCCUGAUUGGAGACCAUAUCUCAGAAGGGAACUCAUUCCAUGGAGUGACUGUGUCAAGCUGAGGUACGGCAAAGGUCCACAGGACAACCCUUACCUGUGGGAACAUAUGACGAAGUAUGUCCGAUUGAUGGCCAAAUACUUUACGGCUUUCCGAAUCGAUAAUUGCCACUCCACCCCAAUUCAUGUUGCCGAAUAUCUACUAGACGAGGCGCGAAAAGUGCAGCCAAAUUUGGCAGUUUUUGCCGAGCUGUUUACUGGCAAUGAACAGAUGGACUACGUCUUUGUCAAGAGGCUUGGACUCAGUGCCCUGAUCCGUGAAGCAAUGCAGGCUUGGAGCACGCAAGAGUUAAGUCGGAUCGUGCAUCGGCAUUGCGGCCGACCCAUUGGCAGUUUCGAACUCAAUGUCCCUUCGAGAUUAGGAAAUAAGCCCGAAAAUGGCUUUGUAAAUGGUGAUGGUCCACAAACCCGAGAGGUCGUCAAGCAUAUCAGAGAAUCUCCGGUGCAUGCUCUAUUCAUGGAUUGUACUCAUGACAACGAAACGCCCGCUCAGAAGAGGGACGCCAGGGACACGUUACCUACGGCUGCGCUUGUCAACAUGUGCGGGUGUGCAACAGGCAGUGUCAUGGGUUUCGAUGAGAUCUACCCAAAGCUCGUCGAUCUUGUACACGAGAAACGCAGCUACACAUCAAUCAGUUCCGAAGGCGAAGUCCAUACCGGGGCCGGCGAGGGGGGAAUAGCUGGCGUUAAGAAGCUCAUGAACCAUAUCCAUACCAUGAUGGGCAAGGAUGGCUACGAUGAGACCUUCCUUCACCAUGAGGGUGAGCUCGUCACCCUCCACCGAGUACAUCCGGAUUCGCGUAAAGGGUAUUUUCUUAUUGCCCAUACUUCUUUUCCUGGGUUUGGUAAUGGAAAUGGUGGCUUGAGUCCUGUGCACCUCGCUGGAACCAAAGUCCGUCCACUCGGGGCAUGGGUACUGGAGGUCGAUCAAAGUGAGCAGGCGAAAAGAGCCGCAUUGAGCGAGAAGGAAUACCUCGUCGGUCUACCAUCUCGAGUGAGAAAUAUUAAAGGCAGCACCAUUCAUACUGAAAAUGGUGACACGACGAUCACACUAGCUGAAUUCUUCCCGCCCGGCUCGGUUGCACUUUUUGAGACCUGGGUCCCUUCAGCCGAGCAUUCCCUUGGCCUCGGAGCCUUCAUCUCCAGUGGCACGGAUGAAGCGUUUGGCGAGCUCGAUUUAAUUGAUCUCAAUUUUGUCCUCUACCGGUGUGAGGCCGAGGAACGAGAUACCAGUGACGGUCAAGACGGGGUCUACAAUAUUCCCAACUAUGGUCCAUUAGUAUAUGCAGGCCUUCAGGGCUGGUGGAGCGUGAUGGAGCCCAUUGUUCGUCGAAAUGAUCUGGGCCAUCCUCUUUGCAACCAUCUCCGCCAAGGGCAGUGGGCUCUGGAUUUCUUGGUUGGACGGAUGGAGAGGAUAUCUAAGAAAGAGGGAUAUACUCGACUACAAAAGCCUGCUCAAUGGCUCAAAGAACGAUUUGAUGCAGUGCGAAUCAUCCCGAGCUUCCUCCUGCCACGUUAUUUCGCUCUCAUCCUCCAGACAGCAUACGACGCCGCGUUCAAGAGAGCCAUUGAGCUGAUGAGUUCGAACAUCCAACAUGGCCAAAAUUUCUUGCAGAGCCUAGCCAUGGUGAGCAUUCAACAGACAGGGUAUGUCAAGUCUGCAUCAUUGUGGCCAGACAACAGUGUGCCAUCACUCGCUGCUGGGUUGCCUCACUUUUCAGUGUCGUGGGCUAGAUGUUGGGGGCGAGACGUUUUCAUCUCUCUGCGUGGCCUAUUUCUGUGUACCGGUCGAUUUGCAGAAGCCAAGGAACAUAUCAAGGCAUUUGGAAGUGUUUUGAAACAUGGCAUGAUACCCAACCUCUUGAGCAGCGGUGCCGCCCCGAGAUACAACUCUCGAGACUCGCCAUGGUUUUUUUUGCAAAACAUUCAAGACUAUACCAAGAUUGUACCUGACGGGCUGUCUAUUUUACAGGAAAAGGUUCCUCGUCGAUUCCUGCCGUACGAUGACACAUGGUUCCCUUGGGACGAUCCGCGAGCAUAUUCGGAAGUAUCUACUGUUCAAGAGGUCAUUCAAGAGAUCCUGCAACGACAUGCGUCCGGCUUGUCUUUCCGAGAGCACAAUGCUGGUCCCCAAUUGGACAUGCAAAUGAGACCGGAAGGAUUCCAGAUCGAUGUCCAUGUCGACUGGAAAACGGGCAUCAUUUUCGGAGGCAGCCAGUGGAACUGCGGAACAUGGAUGGACAAAAUGGGUGAAAGUGAACGAGCUGGCAGUAAAGGGGUCCCCGGUACACCUCGAGACGGAGCAGCUGUUGAAAUCACAGGGCUCGUUUAUAGCGCAUUGCGAUGGGUUGCCCAGCUCCACAAAGCAGGGAACUAUCGAUGGUCCGGUGUUGAAACCGAUUCGGGAGAGAUAAUCCCAUUCACGGAGUGGGCUGACCGGAUCAAAGCUAAUUUCGAAAAAUGCUAUUGGAUUCCAGUGGAUCCCAAGGAUGACAUUGACGACGAUGUGGAUCCCAAGAUUAUCAAUCGGAGGGGAAUCUACAAAGAUCUCUACAAGUCUGGCAAAGAGUACGAGGACUAUCAACUACGACCGAACUUCCCAGUUGCAAUGGUAGUCGCUCCGGAUCUCUUUACCCCGGAAAGAGCCCUCCACGCAUUGAAAGUGGCGGAUGAUGUGCUUCGUGCUCCCACCGGAAUGGCAACACUGGAUCCAUCCGACUUGAACUACCGGCCGUACUACAACAACUCGGAAGACUCGACCGAUUUUGCCACGUCCAAGGGGAGAAAUUACCAUCAGGGUCCCGAAUGGCUAUGGCCAACGGGAUUUUUCUUGCGCGCAUUACUCUACUUUGACCUGAAGCGGCGGACCGACGCUGCAGGAAGAAUGGAAUCCUUCCAGCAGGUCACGAGACGGCUCGAAGGAUGCAAGCAAGCAAUCAAGGAUAGUCCCUGGAAGGGGUUGACGGAGUUAACGAACAAAAACGGGUCGUUCUGUGCGGACUCGGUAAGUUCUGCUCAGCACCCACUCGGGACUCAGUGA